CCCUCCUCCAGCACCGGCUGCCAUCCUCCUCUCCCUCCAUCUCUGUCCGGCUCACCACUCACAGUCCUACCGGGACCUCAAUGACCACACCAUGAUGACAGGCAUCGCUGCUGCCUCCUUCUUCUCCAAUGCCUGCCGCUUCGGAGGCUGUGGGCUCCACUUUACCACCUUGGCCGAGCUAAUCGAGCACAUCGAGGACAACCAUAUCGACACAGAUCCACGCGUCUUGGAGAAGCAGGAACUUCAGCAGCCGACGUACGUUGCGCUGAGUUACGUCAACAGAUUUAUGACUGAAGCAGCUCGACGUGAACAAGAAACCUUAAAGAAGAAAAUUCAGCCCAAACUCUCCCUAACAUUGUCAAGCUCUGUAUCCCGUGGAAAUGUGUCAACACCGCCCCGCCAUGGCAGUGGCAGCCUCACCCCUCCAGUCACUCCACCCAUCACUCCAUCGUCUUCAUUCCGCAGUAGCACCCCUACAGGUAGCGAAUAUGAUGAGGAAGAAGUAGACUAUGAAGACUCAGACAGUGAUGAGUCGUGGACCACAGAGAGUGCCAUUAGCUCUGAAGCAAUUCUGAGCUCCAUGUGUAUGAAUGGAGGGGAUGAGAAGCCAUUUGCCUGUCCAGUUCCUGGAUGUAAAAAGAGAUAUAAGAAUGUAAACGGUAUUAAGUACCACGCCAAGAAUGGACACAGAACGCAAAUACGAGUCCGUAAACCUUUCAAAUGCCGCUGUGGGAAGAGUUACAAGACAGCUCAGGGUCUCCGUCACCACACAAUCAAUUUCCAUCCUCCUGUCUCUGCUGAGAUUAUCAGGAAAAUGCAGCAAUAAAAGCUGAAGACAUCUGUGCCAAGAAACCCUCACCAGCAGAUGCUAAUUCUGAGAACAGCCACCUUCUGGUUUUACUUUAUUUUUUUCCUUUAUGUUGCUUUUAAGGAGAAAGCGCUCCAAAAUCCUACGAAACCUAUGUUUCAGUGCAUGCUUUAAUGAAAGGAUUCCAGUUGUUUGGAAGGAUCUCUCUUCUUUAAAGUGACCCUUUUUGUACUUUGCACAUGUUCCUUACCAGACCCAUUGUCAUUACUUUGAUACGGUGCUACAAUAACAAUAAUAUAUGGUCAAACCUUCAAUGGGGGAAACAGCCGCUUCUCCCUCCCAACCUUAAAAGACAGUACAGUCAAUUGGGAUGCGUGUUGUGUUGUUUAGAUGUGCUAUGUGAAUGGGGAGAGUAAUCUCAGCACUGAGACCAUUAGAACUAUUUUACUGCCAAGUGAGUCUGGAGACCACCCAUGACUGGUGGCAAUAGAAGUAGGUUCAUGAUCAAUGAGAUUGGCCUUUACAAGUCAUGUCAGUUGCUCCUUAGCAACAGACUAAGGAAGCAACAAAGAGCAACUGAGAGGAUUUUGAUUUGGAACGCAACAAAUUUUGUGGGCCUACGCUUUAAGGAAUAUUGGCCAAGUUUUAUCUUAGGGACUUAGGUUCAGUGUUCCUUCAUAUGUGACUAUGAAUGACGGUAGCUGUUUAUCUGGACUCCAGCCGGCAAUAUGGCUGAUUAUCUCCACAGCAAAACUUGCACUAAAUGUCCCAGGUGCACAGAAUAACAUUGAUAUGUAUGCCAAAGGAUUCCAUACUGGAGGAUUGAUGAAUAUAUAUAUAGCCGACAAUGUGUAUAAAGUGUUAGAUGAUAUGAGCAUUAACGUGGAGAAUUGUAUAUAGAUAUCUCUAAUCAGAAGCCCCAAAGAGACUAUAAAAGACCAUGUAGACAAAAAGUAUAUGGUGAUGCCCAACGCAACCGAUCAGUUUAUACCUUAUUUUCCAACCUGGAUGAGCGCUGUACUCUGAUUGGUUGCUUUGGACCUAGAUGUCUACAUCAGUUUAUAUAUAGGACUGACAAUGAAGUGAUCAGUAGUAAGUCAUGGCCGUGCCAUCUUAUAUGUCUCACACGGCAUGUCCAUGGACCCAUUACCCCUCCUGUCAUUGCUUCUCUAUUACGCUAGCCCUUUGAUUAUGAUGCCUUGACAUUAUCAGGCAGGUUCACAUCACAGUGUUGCUUCUAGUUGUAUGCCAUUGUUUUCAAUAGAUGAAGCUAGGUGGAUGCAGUUUGUUGCAUGUGAAUUUGUUUCCUAUGGAAAUUCUUCAGAAGUCAAGGCCCAAAGUUUUGCAGCAACAAAACGAGAUAUAGUCACAUGUCAUUAUUUUAUUGUGGUCAUAUAGCUUAACCGUAACUCCUAUGUAGAGAGGAGUGUGUGACUUAGACAAAAAAUGCAGACAGGUUAUAGCAGCGUUAAAUAUGUACUAUAGGCAUUAUCAAAGGAAAUAGGCCGAGGAAGCACAUCACAGUUAUGGCGCAAGUCAAAAAAAACACAUAGCACAUUCCUGGCUAAAAUUUCUGUGACUUAAAAUCAGCUCCAUUCAUCUGGCGGCAAGUGUGUGGGUUACUACAAGCCUCCUUCUGAGGAGUGCAGAAAUGUUGGCAACAAAUCUGGCAUGUGUGAGUCCAUUUUGACUAGGAAAUAGGACUUACAUGUGUCCACGGAGAAGACCACUUAGUCCAUUCAGUUUGUCGCAAGGGCUUGUAAGCUGGCCAUAGACAUAAUGAUCACUGCCUUUCCCUGACCUGACUAUUGUUCUGAUAUGGUCCAUUCAUCGGCAUGGUGGGAAAGUUGGUUCAAUAAGGACAAUUUUCCGUGUUCAGGGCUCUCCUUAAGUCCCAUUUCUCCAGAGUAUUUUAUUUUUCAGUUGUACAAAAUAGACUCCCCCCCCCAUUAAUGAAUUCAACUAGGGAAAAGGGCACAAACUAUAAAAACUGACGAUAUUCCUGGAAACGCCACGUGAACCAUACAUAGUUAGUUAUACAUCUAUCCUCUGUACUUGAGGGAAACUGAACCUAAAAAGCUCUCGAUAAACUUGAGUCAUUUUGUUGCAGAAUUUUACUACCACAUUAAUCUUCUCAUUGUUUUCUGGUGACAGGAGCUUAAUGUGCGCUUAAAACCAAAUGACCACCACGUUCAGACUCGCUAACCUGCCUUACUUGUUAGAUUCAGUAUAAGUAUAUUUGGUAUUGGUUGCAGAGGUAAUGGAAGUAUAAAUAAGAAUGUUUAACAUAUAAGAAAUAUUUUCAUACUUAAAUGACAUACAUAUAAAGGUCGCGCUUGCUAUCAUUUUCCUAUUAUCUUGCUUAUCCUAUUUUUGUUACCAUUUAAAGUGCUAAAAUUCUUGUCUGCAACUAGCAGGG